GGAGCUGAAGAAGAAAACAAUAAGAUGUUGCCUCCAUGGCUAAAACCUCUGCUUCGAGAGAAAUUCUUCGUACAAUGCAAAUUACACGCAGAUUCACACAAGAGUGAGUGUAACAUGUACUGUUUAGACUGUACCAAUGGUCCUCUCUGUUCUCUCUGUCUCUCCUUCCACAAGGAUCAUCACGCCAUUCAGAUAAGGAGAUCAUCGUAUCACGAUGUGAUUAGAGUAUCAGAGAUUCAGAAGUUUCUGGACAUAACAGGAGUUCAGACAUAUGUGAUUAACAGUGCUAAGGUUGUCUUCUUGAACGAGAGACCUCAGCCUCGACCAGGCAAAGGUGUUGUCAAUACCUGCGAGGUCUGUUAUCGGAGCCUCGUCGAUUCCUUCAGAUUCUGUUCUCUUGGCUGCAAGGUAACCCUAAAAAACAAAGAACGUUUUAUGUUUGUUUUCUAUUGCACUGUGAUUUCUUUGGGGGUAAAUAACAUAAAUGUCAGUGAAAAACACACAACACUCGGUAAAUAA